CUUUGUUUUUUUUUUCUUUUUCUUUCUUACAUUUAAACUUUUUUUCCCCCCCUUCUCUCAAUCUCUUCCCUCCCCUUAAAUACCUUUUAGUCAUUUGAAAACAUGGAAGUUGCAUUGAUGCAAGCCAAGAAAUCGUGUCCUUUUAUUCACGUCACCUCCACUUCUACUUUGAAGCGUUUGUCCAAUAAUGCUUCUUCUGGUAAUGGUUUACUACGCAAGGCUCAGCAAUGUCCUGUGAUGAGUCAAGCUAUGGGUCAACAAGCACGUCCUUUAUCUACUUCUUCUAUUGCUGCUCAAACUCCCACAAAGACUGUUAAGGCUGAAGUCAAACCUACUCCUGUGUCUCAUCAUUCCAAAUCCAAACAUUUCGAUUAUGAAGCUUUCUAUCAACAUGAAUUAGAAAAGAAACAUCAAGAUAAAAGUUAUCGUUAUUUCAACAAUAUCAAUCGACUUGCACAAAAGUUCCCUCGUGCUCAUACUGCUCGUGUAGAAGAUGAAGUCACUGUCUGGUGUGCCAAUGAUUAUUUGGGUAUGGGUCGCAAUCCUGUUUUAACUGAAACUAUGAAACGUACCUUGGAUCGUUAUGGUGCUGGUGCUGGUGGUACUCGUAAUAUUGCUGGUAAUGCUGAUCUUCAUCUUCGUCUUGAAUCCGAAUUGGCUGAUCUUCAUCAUAAAGAAGGUGCUUUGGUAUUCUCUUCUUGUUAUGUUGCAAACGAUGCUACUUUGUCUACUGUUGCCGGUAAACUUCCUGGUUGUGUGAUUUUCUCUGAUGCUUUGAAUCAUGCCUCGAUGAUCCAAGGUGUACGUCAUUCUGGUGCUCAAAAGAAAAUUUUCCGUCACAAUGAUAUGGCUCAUCUUGAAGAAUUGUUGCAAUCUGUGGAUCCCAGUGUCCCUAAGAUCAUUGCUUUUGAAUCAGUGUAUUCCAUGUGUGGCUCUAUUGGUCCUAUCCGUGAAAUUGUCGACUUGGCCAAGAAAUAUGGUGCAAUCACCUUUUUGGAUGAAGUUCAUGCUGUUGGUAUGUAUGGUCCUCGUGGUGCUGGCGUAGCUGAACAUUUAGAUUAUGAUCUCAAUGCUGCCCAACCUACCAUGGGUAAUGGUAGUGUGUUGGAUGAAAUCGAUAUCAUCACUGGUACUCUUGGCAAAGCUUAUGGUGUUGUUGGCGGUUAUAUUGCCGGUUCUGCAUUAUUUGUGGAUAUGGUACGUUCCUAUGCCCCUGGUUUUAUUUUCACUACUUCGCUUCCUCCCGCCGUGGUGUCUGGUGCUCUUGAAUCCGUCAAGUAUUUGAAAGAAUCUACCGUUGAACGUGAAAUGCAACAAAUUAACACUCGUGAUGUCAAAUCUCGUUUGGGUGAAUUGGGUAUUCCAGUCGUACCUAAUCCUUCGCAUAUUGUCCCUGUCUUGUUAGGUGAUGCUGCUGCUGCCAAAUUGGCCUCUGAUGAACUCUUAUCUGAACAUGGUAUUUAUGUCCAAAGCAUCAACUAUCCUACCGUCCCCCGUGGUGAAGAACGUCUCCGUAUCACCCCCACUCCUGGUCAUAAUGGAAAGAUGAUUGAUCACCUUGUUGAUUCUUUGGAACGUAUCUGGGAUCGCUACGACUUUAAACGUGUCAAUGAUUGGGUCGAACAAGGUGGAUGUGCCGGUGUUGGUGUGGAAAAUGCCGUACCUCCUACUCCCAUGUGGACUGACAAGCAAUUGGGUUUGGACAAGGUCAUUGAAGAAAGGGCCGUUCGCUCUGGUACUUCCGUUGUUUAGACUUCCUUUUUUUGGGUUGUCAUGACUACUUUUUGGAUUUAAUCAGUCUCUUUUUAUUUUAU